CUUACUGUCAAAACACAGCCUGUAGAAACAUGAUGGACCUGUUUGAGACCAACACUUAUUUUUUCAACGAUUUACGUUAUCUUGAGGGGGACCAUGAGACCCUGGAUAUGCCUGGUGUGUCCCCACUUUACGAGGGGAACGACAGCCCUUUGUCGCCAGGACAGGACCCUGUCCCGUCGGAAACUGGAUGUGAGAGUAGCGGAGAAGAGCACGUCCUUGCGCCACCAGGGCUUCACCCGCACUGCGGGGGUCAGUGCCUGAUCUGGGCUUGCAAGAUCUGCAAACGAAAGUCGGCACCGACAGACAGGAGAAAAGCAGCCACUCUGAGAGAAAGGAGGCGACUCAAAAAAAUCAACGAGGCGUUUGACGCGUUAAAGAAAAAGACGGUUCCCAAUCCGAACCAGAGGCUACCCAAGGUUGAGAUUUUACGCAGCGCAAUAACCUAUAUUGAGAAAUUGCAGGACCUGUUGCAUACGCUGGACGAGCAAGAUCAAAACUCUGACAGUCGCCCUUAUACAUAUACCAUCAAAGAAAAUCAUGUGGCUCCUAGUGAGUAUAAUUGGAAAAAGACCUGCCAAAGUUGGCAGGAGAGCCCAGAUCAUUCCAACUCCAAUAUGGCCAGAGAAGGAGGCGCAAUGGAGUCUUCGGCAUCCAGCAGCCUUCGUCGACUCUCCUCGAUUGUUGACAGUAUUUCCACGGAAGAGACGAAAAUCGACGUACCGACCAGAUCGCAGAAAAGUGAAGCUUAAACACUAUUUCACAUUUCCGACUUUUUAUUUAUUUCCAUGAGUAGUGUAAACGUUUUAUCUGUAACAGGUUACACUUCAAUAACCUUCAUCAAUUCAAUAACAAGAAUAUUGCGAUUAAAUAAUAAAUAGGCUACCCACAUGAAAGAAUACUGUAGUAUAUUUUCGUAUUACAUAGUAAACUGUAUUCAAUUCUAAUAGUAGGCCUAUAUCAUAACAUAUCUACGUUGUUAAUGUAUUAUAUAGCUUAUUAACUUUAAUAAACUGUAGUAAAUACUUUAAUAUUUACUAUGUUAAGAAAAACACUAUAUAGUGUUUACGGGGCAUUUCGCGUCUUUUGCGUGCGCAAAUAUUUUAAAUACGCACGCGAUGCGACGCGCUCUUCUGAUGUUUCUAAAAUAUUAUUGAUGAAGGUUAUUGUGAAGUAACAUUGUAUUCUGUGUAUUUUCUUCCAUAAUUUUGACCAAUUCCAGGCUUUUUUCCAUGGUCACAGUCAUCAGAAUUAUUCCUGUGAAUUUAUAUGGUCUUCCAAAAAAUGUAAAUAUUUUGUAAUUUAUUGCUGUUACUUAAAUUAUUUUAUAAAUUAAAAAGAAGAAAAUACAAUUGAGAGCACUUGGCCGCUGCCGGAUAUGUAUCCAACAUUAAACAGUACAUAACAUUUCCAAAAGUACUCUGUAUUACGCUUGUUUAAUUUUUAUAUUUAUUUAUUUUACAAUCACGUUGUUGAAAAUGUGACUCGUCUGUUAAAAGUCAUUUCUGUGAUGUUUUAGGGUUUGAAUUCAUCUAAGAUGGACAUUUUCUGAUUUAAUCCAGAUGCGCCUUUGCUUCAGUGAAAUGUUUUGUUAUAAUGUCAAAAUAUAAUUUUAUGUUACAAAAUUCAACCAAGAUAUUUAACUGUUUAAUUAGCAUCCAUGUAACAUCUUCAUACUUGUUCUAUGGAAUCAAUUUUAAGCAUUAACUUUAAGAUCUUAAGCUGGGAAAGCAUGUAGAGUUCCGGCCAUCAAAUGUCCUCUGCAUUAGAAGCCCACCGUAUGGCAUCACCAGCCUUGACCAGCUAGCAGCUUUUUCAGAUUCACAAGUAUUAACAGUGUGUAAAAUAUGACUGGGCCUGAAAUAGCCCUGGCCUUGCCUGUUAGUUCCAGCUGGCAGAGCAAGGCUCAGAAUUGUCUGCAAUGAAUGUAGACCCCACUGCACACACAGUAUCUAUUUUAUCUGAUGAUCGAAAGUAGAAGGUUGUUGAGGGGAAAAUAUUGCAAGGCUGCCUGGCAACUAUCCAAUGGUAGCGAUUUGUUGGUGCUCCCCAGUUGCACCGUAGCAUUUCCAUCUUGCACAGCAUGCUAUCUGUCAGGACCAGCUCUCUGAUCUUUCCAUUUAACAAACUAGCACCUUUGACCUCAUCACAUACGGAAGUAAACGUAUGUACCCAAACUCUUGAAAUGACCACUGACCCACACAGCGCACAUCUGGGAAACAACGCUGUCCAAAGGGUGUCUAUUUACUCCAGUAGGCUAAAUGCAGAUUCCAUCGUGGCAACAUUUUUAAGGUAAAAAUAUCAUUAUGGACUUAUUGUAUAGUGUGGUCCAACAGUGUGGAAAUUUUGACAUUAUUUUUUUUAUCUGGGAGUAAAGAUUGAUUUUGAAUGAUUUAUGAUAAUGCUGGAUUGGUACAAUCCAAAAUCCUGGGAUGUUUUAAAUAUAGACAGCAGUUUAGUCCAUAUUUUACCCAACAUGCACAUUUCACAUUUAUGCAUUUGGCACAUUGUGCAUUUACAGUGUAUUACAAGUAUACCAUGCAUUUGAAACAAGACCAUGCAAAACAAAACAAAAAAACAAGUGCCUUAUAUUUUGCACUAUGUGUUACAAUCAAUUCGUGGCAUGAUACCUUUGUUCAAAUGUUCAGAUGUCAUUGCUUGAAGCACACAAGAUUUAUUUUUGGUAGUCAUGCUGGGAUAAGAUAGAUCAUCAUGUUUCACAAAUUCAUACAGGCCAUGCUAGCUUGAAUAUAUACAAAAAGCCAAAGAAAUACAAAAAUGUUUUCAUUUUUCAAGUCAGCUUGUCACUCAAACA